AUGCUAGUGUGUGUGUUCUACUUGAUUCUCCGGGCUCUUGAUACUGUUGAGGAUGACACUAGCAUACCAGUGGAGAUCAAGGUUCCAAUUCUGAUAGAUUUUCACCGUCACAUGUUCGACCGUGGUACAGAGGAGUACAAGGUAGAAACGGUUGAGGAUUAUGAUGAAUACUGCCACUAUGCUGCUGGACUUGUGGGUUUGGGUUUGGCAAAACUCAUCCUCGCUUCGGGAUUAGAAGAUUCAUUUCCAGAUUGGAAGCAGAUUUCAAUUUCUUCGGGUUCAUUUCUACAGAAAACGAAUAUUAUUAGAGAUUACCUUGAGGACAUUAAUGAGAUACCAAAAUCACGUAUGUUUUGGCCUCGUGAGAUAUGGGGGAAAUAUGUUGACAACCUCGAGGACUUCAAAAAUGAAGGGAACUCAACAAAAGCAGUGCAGUGUUUGAAUGAGAUGGUCACUAAUGCAUUGAUUCAUGUUGAAGAUUCCUUGAAAUCCAUUGCUUCAUUGCGGAAUCCUGCAAUAUUUCGCUCGUGUGCCAUCCCUCAGAUCCUGGCGAUUGGAACACUUGCAAAUUGUUAUAACAAUUUACAAGUAUUUAGAGGCGUUGUGAAAUUGAGGCGAGGUCUAAUGGCUAAAGUAUUUGAUCGUUUAAAGACAAUGGAUGAUGCCUAUGGUGCAUUCUAUGAUUUUUCUUGCAUGCUAGAAGCAAAGGUUGACAAGAAUGAUCCAAAUGCCAUGAAAAUACUAAACCGGCUUAUAACCAUCAAGAAAGUCUGCAGAGAAAAUGGAGUUUUUCACAAGAGGAUAGCUGCUUACUUAUCGUUCUCCGCCAUACCCGAAUAUGCAGAUUGCAAUGCUUGUGCUUCUACUGGCCAUAUUGUUCUUAGCGUAUCUUGA